AUGUCUGACCAGGUAGCUUCGUCGUCUGGCAAAACUGAUGCUGCGCAGACGAAGCAAGAUGUGGAUGGUUCUCCAGAGACAAACGCAAAGUCUGAGUUGAAACUGUCUUCGGCGCCUCCAGACUCGGCUCCGAAGAAAACUUCCUGCAAAAAGCAUAUCAGCGUGAAAGCCAAUGCUCAGAAGAAGCAAAAGGACAAGAAGAAAUCAAAGAAAGCCAAGGAUUCCUCAAGCAGUGAUAGUGACGAUUCUUCCUCGUCAAGCUCCAGUUCCUCGUCUUCGGACUCUUCAGAUUCAGACUCAGAAUCGUCCGACUCGGAUUCUCAUAAGAAGAAGAAGAAGCGUGCCAAAGAGAAGGAGAAGAAGAAGGUGAAGUCUCGGAAACAAGCUCCCUCUGACGAUGACGAGUCGGAAAGCACUGAAGAGGAUUCGGAACCCGAUGACAAACAUACCAAGAAACAGAAAAAGGCCAAAACCAAAAAGAAGCAUAAGAAAUCCCGAAAGACCCAGGAAGAUGAAUCUGAGGAAGAAAGUGAUGUUGAGUCUUUGGAAGAACAGCUUCGAACUACCCAGCAGAAGCUAGCGGCUCUCCGCCUGAAGCAAAGUUCACAACGUACUCAGCUGAAGAGCAAGUCCAAAAAACGAAAACGUGCAUCGAAAGUUGCCUUCAAGCGUGUGGAUGAACUUUGGGAUGACACCAUACAUAAUUAUAAGCUCACAGAAACUGUCGAUGAUCCUGACGCGAACGAAUGGGACCAGUAUAUAUUUACCGUGCGUCGAAAAUUCGACUGGGAGAAUAAAUACACCGACACAGUGGUAGACAUCAAGAGCAAACCCCUCCGUGACGCUCUCGCGCACGUCAUGGACGGUGUAAAGGGCGUUUCGUUAGUGCAGGAGACUCCUGUCGUUGAUCCAAACAUGCUGUUUUUGUACCUGGAAGAGUCUCGGGAGUACGUCAAGGAAUUGAAGGCCCUUGCGAAAUCGGAGAAGAAGAAGAAAGCCAAGCGACUAGCUGCGACUAAAUCUGCUCACUUGAAGGUGCUAGUGAAAUAUCUGGACAACGACUACGCUGAAACGAAGAAAACCUUGUAUCCCCUCCUAGAGUCGAACAUGAUUACCUUUGAUCUUUUAUGGGCCAUUUUCAAGCCGAACACCAAUGCAUAUACUCCAACUUAUUCCAACCCCGACGAACCUCGUGCUUUCAAAAUUGAAUAUGCCAGCAAGGAAAGCUCUUUCAUGAAGGGACAGUGGUAUGAAAUUGAGGGACGAUAUCUUGAGUAUGAUGGCAAAUCGUUCGGGAUGGGCACUAUGUCGGUUGAAGUUGAAUCAUUCAAGGGAUCCCGCAAGAUUUCUAGCCUUGCUUGUUAUCCACUGAAGUAUCAUCGAGACCCAGAAGGCUUGAAAGCGAAGCUUGUGGAACGCGGUAAAAAGUUCGUAGCCCUCCAGGGUGUGAACUACCGUUUCCACAAGGGCAUGGCUUUCUACAAGAAGAAGCGAUCGAUUAUCAAGGUCAAUAUCAAUGGGCGCGUCAUGGUUGAUCCUGCUAUCCACCGCCGAAUCAAUCCAAACUAUCCCAUCAGCACUGUGAAGCCAAAAGAUCCGGACUUAGUCGAAGAAUCUGAGUAUGAAAGCGGAUCCGAUGAUUGUUGCUGUUGUACCGGGUCCGGAUCCGAAUCAGAGCAUGGAUCGAAGGACGACAGUCCAAAAAUGAGACUGAAAUUGGUUAAAGAUAAAGACGGUUCCCCACAUAUCGUCCAUGUUGAAUGUGAUGAGGAUGGUGAGGAAAUCGUCAACGAAGACCUCGAUAAGAUUGCCGGAAAGGACCAAGCGGGGGAGAAAUUUGAAUUUUCUGACGAGGAGCUGCUGAUCGCCAGCCCUGUUGUUCUUGGGUUUGCUUUCAGCGAGAAAUUGUGGUUGGAGUUCACCGUCUCUGGUAUGAAUGAGAUCGAGUGGAAUUCUGGUGCCUUCGACUCCCUGGUCCUUCCCGAUAAUCAGAAGUCGAUCGUCAAAGCACUCGUAGAAUCCCACACCUUCCACGCCGCUGAAAACAUUGAUGACGUGAUCCAGGGUAAAGGCAAGGGUCUCGUAGCAGUCCUCCACGGCCCACCGGGAACGGGUAAAACUCUCACGGCGGAAGGCAUUGCAGAACUUCUCAAGCGCCCACUGUACAUGGUUAGCGCUGGCGAACUGGGCACGGAUUCGCGAACCCUGGAAGGGGAGCUAAAUAAAAUCCUGGACAUCGCACAUUCAUGGGGCGCCGUUCUACUCCUUGAUGAGGCCGAUGUAUUCCUCGAGAAGCGCACCAUCCACGAUAUCCACCGCAACGCGCUGGUCAGCAUCUUUCUCCGCCUCCUCGAAUACUUUCAAGGGAUCUUGUUCCUGACGACCAAUCGCGUCGAGACAUUUGAUGAUGCGUUCCAGUCACGGAUUCACGUUGCGCUCCGAUAUGGCGACCUGACACAAAAGGCCAAGCGGACUGUAUGGAAGAUGUUCCUCGAUAAAGUUAGAGUUAAGGAGGGCGUUGAGGUAGUCCCCUUCACGGAGGCGGACUACGACUCGCUAUCCAGACGUAACUUGAACGGUCGACAGAUCAAAAAUUCCGUCCGCACUGCUCAGGCUCUUGCCUUGAACGAGAAGACCCCACUCUCCAUGGAACAUAUCGCCCGUGUCCUCGAUGUAGCUGAGACGUUCGACCAGGAUCUUAAAGGCGGAACUGGUUACAUAGAUGCCAUGCGAAGCUACACAUAA